GAAAAAUAAUGGAGAAAGGUAAAUACCCUCAGCAUAAAGAUCCACAGAACCUCUCCUCAUUAGGUGAGAGAAUGAUGCCACAGAGAAUUCAUACUGGUGCUGUAUACCAGAAGGAGACUAAUCUUCAAUUCAGAAUCCACUGGGCAUUGAUAUUUAACAUCAUAAUGCUCAUCGUCGACACUUGGUACUUUGCACAAGAGAGUCCAUAUUUCUUUAAGCACUCAGGAUCUUUAUUUAAGGCAUUUCUGUUGGUUCAUCAUUCAUUGAUUGGUCUGAAUAUUAUCUGGCACUUUAUGAAAGAUUGUGACUUGUUGAACAAAGUUAUCUUAGCACUUUCAUAUACCACAUUUGUCUUUGCUGCUUUUAGCUUACUAUAUACAAUAGCUGCUAUAAAUAUGGAGCAAGAUACCCUAUUCGAAGCUAUCAUAUCUUUAAUUUUCGUUAAUGUCCCUGGAGCACUUUUAGGAUGGUCAGCAUGGUUACUUGUGAAAGAACAUUUGAACAGAGACGACAUCCAUACAAUAGCAUAUACUGUCCCUGAGCAGCCCAUGACCCAGACCACUCAGUUGAAGGCUCCUCAGAUCUCCAAAAUCCCAGCUGGAUACGUUCCCGUGAUUAUUAAUGAAAAUGGAGUAGCUCAGAUAAUCGAGAAUUUAGCUUAAUAAUCAUAUAUAAAAAGAUUGCUGGGUAAA